AUGGCAUCUCAUUCGUAUCUUGAUUUUCAGUUUCAUCCCGUCUGGGCUCUGCCUGGACGACCGCCUAAGGAGACCCAAUACACUACGGCAUUCCAAAUGUUCCAAGUCGCUUUGCCUUUACCUAGAGAUUUUAUUGACGUACCACAGUCGUAUUCUAUCACGACGACGACUGGUGAACAGAUGCAGCGUUUUGUACGAAUAGGUACACCCCACAUCAACUUCCGCAAGUGUUAUCUCAACUAUUUCGAGCACACGUGGCGCACGGACACCCCCGCUAGACAGCUUCAAGCGUUAUUCAAGUUCACUACGGUCCUGAUGCAUGAGCUGACGCAUGCGUUUGCAAACUUCGUCUGGAACGGCAUGCAUCCGCACGGCGAUAGUUCCGAGCCACGCUUCCAGUACGAGUCCCGGCUUCAAGAACUUGGUUUCGAGUGGGAGAAGUGGUUCUUUAUCGACAACCACAUGACGGAUCCCGUGGAAUUCUACAAGAUGCAACAUAGCCAGCCGCUUCUCCCAAUGGAAUUGCUCAUCCUAUCUGAUCAGAUCCUAACGGCCCCGAUCGCAACUCAAUUGGGUUUCUUCAGGAUUACGAUACCCCGGAGACUUGCCUAA